GUGAACGAAGCUAAACUUAAGAUAUCUCUUGAUAAGAUGUCUACUUUACUUAGUAAUUUAACUCUCGUAAGUAACAAGCUGCUUUAUAGAGCAGCCAUUAACGAUGUUUUUAGCUUAUUAGAAAGUAGUUUAUUAACCAUAUCUUUUAAAAUUGAAGAUGUAGUUAAUAGUAUAGCAUUAAUCAGUAGUAAUGUUCUGCACCCUUCUGUUAUAACUCCUGCUGAAUUGUAUGAAGAUUUGGUUAAGACUCACCAUCAUAUACCGACCUCUAAACACCUUCCUAUAGAUUUGUAUUUACAAAAUAUGAAUACUCUUAUAAACAUUUCGAAACUAUUAUGUUAUUAUAUGGACAAUAAGGUUGUGUUUGUAUUAAAAAUACCACUAGUUAGUAAUAAAAUUUAUAAUCUGUACCACAGCAUACCGUUACCUUUGCCUCACAACCUAAAUCUCACUGAUUCUUUUGUGAUGAUUGUGCCUACUUAUAAGUAUAUAGCUGUUACUCUGGAUAAAACACGUUAUUCUAAUUUCGACGACCUUCAACAUUGCAAACAUAUGAUAAAUCAAAAUUAUAUUUGUGAAAUUUUUGUAAUACACGAUUCUAGCACUAAUCCUAUUUGUGAAAUUGAAAUAUUGACGAAACCUAUGAAAACUGUCCCUAAGCAAUGUAAUAUCAAGUUCAUUCAUGGAUAUAUAGAUAUAUGGCAACCAAUGAAAAAUAGUAAAUGGAUUUUCACACAAUCAGUACCCUCCAAACUAUCUAUACAAUGUCACGAAAACAUGUACGAAUUAAAUGUAUUUGGUACUGGCAUACUAACCUUGCCCAAUCAAUGUGUAGGUUUUUGUAAAAACACCCAACUUAUACCAUCAAUCCCUGUGUACAGCAUGAACAUUACUCGUGUAGAGAAUAAUUUUAAUAUUAUUAAUGAUAGUUGUUGUAAUAUGGAAAAAUUCCUUAAAACAAGUGUGCCCCGUGAUUCUCUAAAUAAUUAUAAUUUAGAAAAAAUAAAAGAAUUCCCAGAAAUUCAAGUUAAACCUAUUUUAAAAGACCUGGACCAAAUGAUAAACAGGCAACAUAUGGUGAAAUACGGGACCCACUAUUCAAUUAUGUUCUGGAUAACCCUUGUACUUGUAAUUGUAUUCUUUUUUGUGUUUAUGUUCAAGUUUGGUCGCAGUCGCUAUUUGAAUAAUUAUCCCCUUAACGCUGAAAUUUCUCCUGAAAAUAUUAAUGUUUCCACCCUUAGUACUCAAACUGAAACCAGUCCAGCUCCUCAUCCGAGACUUCGUAAUGACUUAUAAAAUUUCCUAACAUAAACUUCGACUUUCAACCCCGAAGUUUAUUCUUAUGCGGGGGGUUGUUAUACCUUUGAUAUGUAAGCUAAUUGGCUUACAGGGCCGCUUGAUCAGCAGCCCCCCCUCUUACAGAUGUAUUGCGCUAUGACCGCUCUUAGUCAGUCCUUUUAGACACUUCAUCCGCGCGGGUUGCGACCAUUCUUAAUUAUUUCCUUUUUUUAAAUCAAUAAAUAUCCGUGUCAAUAAAGUUUUCUUUUUUUUAAAAAGGCUCCC